UGAAAAAGUGAUUUUGUCUUAAACCCUUGUAUCCACAUUCCAAUUUCCACUUCCCAGGAUUCCAGUGUAUCUGUGUUUCAGCCGGAAUAUUUAAAAAAUACCUUUAGUGUUGAAUAAAUAGUAGCCCUAGUCGCUAAAAUAAUGUAAUUACUGCAUAAAUUGCGGUUGGUUUUGUCAUUUGUGACAUGUAUAAAAAAUAACGUUCAAAGUUCAAGAUAAAUAUUAUAAUCAUAGUUACUUAACAAGGGUAUGAUGAGCGAUAUUAUGAUUCAGGGCAUAAGAGAAAUCAUUUUACUUUAAAUUAUAAAUUUCGAACUUCAUACGGAACACGAAGUAUAUUUUCCUCAUUAUGUCACCAUUACUGUUUAGCUAUGAAACAUUGGUGCAUGCAGUGGCAGGUGCAACGGGAAGCGUUGUGGGCAUGGCUGCGUUCUACCCUUUGGACACAUUACGUUCCAGACAACAAAUUGAAGAUUCCACUAAGCUGCGAGGUUCUACUUGGGAACUUCUGGUUCUGAUUGCAAAAGAAGAAGGUUUAGAAUCUCUGUAUUGUGGAUUGUAUCCAGUUUUACAAUCACUCUCCGUUUCCAACUUUGUUUACUUUUACACCUUUCAUGCUUUGAAGAGAUCUUCUAUUGGUUCAACAGCGAUAAAAGACUUACUGUUUGGUAUAUUAGCAGGUAGUUUAAAUGUCUUGCUUACUUCACCUUUAUGGGUUGUCAACACCCGAAUAAAGUUGGGUAAGAACAAUUAUAAAAGUCUCUCAGGUGGUCUUAUUGAGUUAUUUAAAAAAGAAGGGCUGAGAGGUUUAUGGUCAGGUACUGUGCCGUCCUUACUUUUGGUUUCAAAUCCUGCAAUUCAAUUUAUGGUGUAUGAAUCUCUAAAAAGAAACUUUAUAGCAAUGAAUCGUUUCAAUACCUAUAGUGCAUUUAUGAUUGGUGCCAUAGCAAAGGCUAUUGCCACCACACUGACUUAUCCUCUUCAACUUAUCCAGUCUAGGUUAAGAGCUGGCACUAGUUUAAAACCUCUGUAUAAAGAUAUCAAGUCUAAUCCAAAAAUCAUAUUCAGGGGGCUGGAAGCAAAAAUUAUGCAAACAGUUAUGACUGCUGCUUUAAUGUUUCUUAUUUAUGAAAAAGUUGUAAGAUUAGUGUUAACUAUUAUGAGAGUUAAGGUUAACAAACAUUAAAUGUGAUUUAAGGUCUUACUUUCAUCGUUUUGUAUAGUUUUAAAGGAGGUUUAUUAACUAGAUAAAUCAACUCAGAAUUGUGCAGUAUGAAUGAAUCCUUAAAUUAACUGAAAGUUGAACAAAACUUUUUUUUGUGUGGGUAUUAUUAAUGUAAUUAUAAGUUCCAUAUUCAAAACCAAAGCCAAAGAAUUUUGUGUGUUUAAGACAUGACAAUGAUAUUUAAAGCAUAACAUUCCAAAGAUUUUUACAGUUACCAAGUACUUGAGGAAAAUUAAUAUUGUUAAAUUUACCUUAAACAAGUAUCAGAAAUAUUCAUGGUCUAAGAAAAAUAAUAUUUAGGUAAUUCAUUUAUUAUGUCAGCUCAACAACUGACAAAAAUCCAUGACAUUUUAACUUAUGUUAUUUAAUUUAUGUAAUUGUGAUAAUUUUUUUGUUAUAUGUAAUGUAAUAUGGGGAAAACUAUGUUAUUGGACUCUGGCUGUGUUUCAUUGGGUUUUUUGUUACAAUUUUUUUAUACUGUGCUGGGAAAUAAGUAAAAAUAAAGUUUAAAAAAAGAAA